AUGAUCAGUGCACAUUCGGAGCGUCAGCAACAGCUAUUCCCGGGUGGUGUUGAUACCGCUUCCGGCAUUCCUGGCUUUGCUCUGGGAACUGCAAUCACAUACCCAAUUCCCGAAUGGAAUGCCGAGUGCGAACCAGUCGAGAGCCAGCAGGAGUCAGUCGAGAGCCAGCAGGAGCCAGUCGAGAGCCAGCAGGAACCAGGUGAGAGCCAGCAGGAGCUAGACGAGAGCCAGCAGGAACCAGGUGAGAGCCAGCAGGAGCCAGUCGAGAGCCAGCAGGAACCAGGUGAGAGCCAGCAGGAGGUAGACGAGAGCCAGCAGGAACCAGGUGAAAGCCAGCAGGAGCUAGACGAGAGCCAGCAGGAACCAGGUGAGAACCAGCAGGAGCCAGUCGAGAGCCAGCCAGACGAGAGCCAGCAGGAACCAGUCGAGAGCCAGCAGGAGCCAGUCGAGAGCCAGCAGGAACCAGGUGAGAGCCAGCAGGAGCUAGACGAGAGCCAGCAGGAACCAGGUGAGAGCCAGCAGGAGCUAGAUGAGAGCCAGCAGGAAUCAGGUGAAAGCCAGCAGGAGCUAGACGAGAGCCAGCAGGAAUCAGGUGAAAGCCAGCAGGAGCUAGACGAGAGCCAGCAGGAACCAGGUGAGAGCCAGCAGGAGCCAGACGAGAGCCAGCAGGAGCCAGAUGAGAGCCAGCAGGAAUCAGGUGAAAGCCAGCAGGAGCUAGACGAGAGCCAGCAGGAACCAGUCGAGAGCCAGCAGGAGCCGGAUGAGAGCCAGCAGGAGCUAGACAAGAGUCAGCAGGAACCAGGUGAAAGCCAGCAGGAGCUAGACGAGAGCCAGCAGGAACCAGGUAAGAGCCAGCAGGAGCUAGACGAGAGCCAGCAGGAACCAGUCGAGAGCCAGCAGGAGCCGGAUGAGAGCCAGCAGGAGCUAGACGAGAGCCAGCAGGAACCAGGUAAGAGCCAGCAGGAGCUAGACGAGAGCCAGCAGGAGCCAGAUGAGAGCCAGCAGGAACCAGGUGAGAGCCAGCAGGAACCAGGUGAGAGCCAGCAGGAGCUAGACGAGAGCCAACAGGAGCCAGAUGAGAGCCAGCAGGAACCAGGUGAGAGCCAGCAGGAACCAGGUGAGAGCCAGCAGGAGCUAGACGAGAGCCAGCAGGAACCAGGUGAGAGCCAGCAGGAGCCAGUCGAGAGCCAGCAGGAGCCAGAUGAGAGCCAGCAGGAACCAGGUAAGAGCCAGCAGGAACUAGGUGAGAGCCAGCAGGAGCUAGACGAGAGCCAACAGGAGCCAGAUGAGAGCCAGCAGGAACCAGGUGAGAGCCAGCAGGAACCAGGUAAGAGCCAGCAGGAACCAGGUGAGAGCCAGCAGGAGCUAGACGAGAGCCAACAGGAGCCAGAUGAGAGCCAGCAGGAACCAGGUGAGAGCCAGCAGGAACCAGGUGAGAGUCAGCAGGAGCCAGAUGAGAGCCAGCAGGAACUAGGUGAGAGCCAGCAGGAGCCAAGAGCCAGCAGGAGCCAGUAGAGAGCCAGCAGGAGCCAGACGAGAGCCAGCAGGAGCCAGUCGAGAGCCAGCAGGAACCAGGUGAGAGCCAGCAGGAGCCAGUCGAGAGCCAGCAGGAGCCAGUCGAGAGCCAGCAGGAGCCAGUCGAGAGCCAGCAGGAGCCAGUCGAGAGCCAGCAGGAGCCAGUCGAGAGCCAGCAGGAACCAGGUGAGAGCCAGCAGGAACCAGGUGAGAGCCGGCAGGAGCCAAUCGAGAGCCAGAAGGAGCCAGUCGAGAGCCAGCCAGUCGAGAGCCAGCAGGAGCCAGUCGAGAGCCAGCAGGAGCCAGUCGAGAGCCAGCAGGAGCCAGUCGAGAGCCAGCCAGUCGAGAGCCAGCAGGAGCCAGUCGAGAGCCAGCAGGAGCCAGUCGAGAGCCAGCAGGAGCCAGUCGAGAGCCAGCAGG